AUGAGUCAAGAGGAAGAAAAGGAGAGAACAUCUGCUCUAGCAGAUCUUUCUAGCAGUACCACUGGUAGUGGUCGUCAUUGGAAAGGAAGCUGCCUCUGCGGUAAGAUCCGUUAUCGCGUCAAAUCCUUGGCGUCCACCAAGAUGGCACACUGUCAUUGCACAGAUUGUCGUAAGUUCCAUGGCAGUGCCUUUUCUACAUUUGGUGAAACCACCACUUUGGAAUGGAUCGAUCGUGAUGAAGCUCGGAAGCAUCUACAAACCUAUGUGGCGACCAAUGGCAGCAAGCGACAAUUCUGUCGCAACUGUGGAUCGAGUUUGACUUUUGCCAGCAGCAACGCCGAUCCUGGUUACAUAGAAUUCGCAUUGGCCACUCUGGACGAAGCAAGUGAUGGAUCGACAGUUGUGGAACCGGAUGCACAUGUGUUUGUGGACAGCAAAGUGCCCUGGCUCAACAUUGACAAUGAUGGGCUACCUAAGCAUGCAAGAGGCCGAGCGUGA